AUGACUACGGUCCCAACUGCGGGCAGUGGAGGACCAGCCAUGGAGGUGAACUGUGAGGAGUUGGAGAAAGUACUUGUCGGAUCUGACCCUGAGAGGUUUUUUCAAAUUGGCUUGAAAUUGCCGCCCCAAGAGAAGUCAGCACUGACUGCCUUCCUCCGACAGAAUUUAGACGUGUUUGCUUGGGACCCCUAUGAGGCCCCCGGGGUCGACCCAGAUUUCAUCUGCCACCGCCUUAAUGUGAACCCGGCCAUAACACCUAAGAGAGGCAUUGAGGCUAACCCUGACCAAAUAAGAGCUAUCCAUAACUUGCAGCCUCCUCGAAACCCUAAGGAAGUCCAGAAGCUUACUGGUAUGAUAACAGCUUUAAACCGUUUCAUCUCGCGCUCAGCAGAUAGAUGUAGGCCAUUUUUUCUCCUAUUGCACAAGUGGAAAGGAUUUGAGUGGAAUGAGCAAUGCGCUAUAGCUUUCCAACAGCUAAAGGAAUACCUCGCCCAACAGCCGAUUAUGUCCAGCCCCGAGGCCGACGAGGUUUUGUUUGCCUACAUAGCUAUGGCCCCGCAUGCAGUAAGCUUGGUGCUAAUCCAAGAAGACAAUGGCACACAGCGACCAGUCUAUUACGUUAGCAAAUCCCUGCAGGAGGCAGAAACCCAUUACCUCCCCCUCGAAAAGGCUAUCUUGGCCAUCGUACAGGCCACAAGAAAGCUGCCCCACUACUUUCAAGUACACACUGUUGUGGUGUUAACUCAACUCCCCUUAAAAUCCAUCCUGCGCAGCGCCGAUUACACGAGUAGAAUUGCAAAAUGGGGAACGAUUUUGGGCGCCUUUGACAUUAGAUACAUGCCUCGCACCGCUGUAAAGGGUCAGGUCCUUGCCGACCUAGUGGCAGAAUUUGCGGAGCCCGCAGCAGAAGGAAAGGAAGUGUCGGUCUUACUGGGGGCUGAUGAGCGGGUGAGCAGCACAGUUUCCCCACGUGGACUCACUUGUUGGAAAGCAUACAUUGAUGGCGCAUCGAGCCAAAGGGGCUCAGGGUUAGGACUUGUCCUGCUCUCACCCGAAGGGAUAACCAUAGAGAAAUCCUUGAGACUCGAUUUUUCAGCCACGAAUAACGAAGCCGAGUAUGAGGCGCUAUUGGAGGGAAUGGGAAUGAUCCGAAAAAUGGGGGGGAAAUCCGUAGACAUGUUCUCGGAUUCAAGACUUAUUGUGGGGCAGGUAAACGGAGACAUGGAGGCAAAGGAUGAAAGAAUGCAAGAGUAUCUAGUUCGGGUUAAGCACUUGCAGACCCAAUUUCAUCACUUCCGCUUGACGCACGUACCCAGAAGUGGGAACACUCAUGCUGAUUCUCUUGCGACGUUGGCUACCUCCUCGGCUCAACCCCUACCUCGGGUCAUAUUGGUAGAAGAGAUCCCCUGUCCACUAACAGAGAAGGCUAAUGGGAUUGGAAUACAUAACAUCAGGGCAGGACUGAGCUGGAUGGACCCUAUCGUUCUGUACUUAAAGCAUGACACCUUACCAGAUGAUAAGGUGGAGGCCGGCAAAAUCAGGAGAAAAACUACCCGAUUCUGGUUGUCGGAGGACUCCAAGCUUUACAGACGCUCGUUGUCAGGGCCGUAUUUGCUGUGUGUGCACCCAGAGGCUGCAGAACUCAUCCUAGAAGAGUUACACGAAGGAAUCUACGGAAGUCACACGGGGGGUAGGUCUUUGUCUCACAGAGCCUUAACUCUGGGUUAUUGGUGGCCGAGCAUGCAUAAGGAAGCCCUGGAUUAUGUGAAGAAGUGCGACCAAUGCCAGAUAUUCGCUCCGAGCAUACACCAGCCUGGCGGAGAGCUAAACCCAUUGUCCAGUCCCUGGCCAUUUGCGCAAUGGGGCCUAGAUACACUCGGUCCAUUCCCCAAGACCUUGGUGUCGGACAACGGGCUCCAGUUUGACAGCAAAGCCUUCAGAAGGUACUGCAGUGAGCUAGGUAUAGUUAACCGGUACUCCAAGCCAGCUUACCCCCAGAGUAAUGGACAAGCAGAAGCUGUCAACAAGACCAUUAUAAACGGACUGAAAAAGAGACUAGAUGACGCAAAGGGAAGAUGGGUAGAGGAGUUGGCCCAUGUCUUGUGGACAUACCGCACCACGCCUCGUAGGUCCACAGGGGAAACCCCUUUUUCAAUGACCUAUGGGGCCGAGGCUGUCAUUCCACUGGAGGUGAACUUCCCAACCCAGAGGACCACCACCUUCUGCCCCGCUACCAAUAACAAGCUUCUGGAAAAGAGCUUGGACCUCAUCGACGAAAGAAGGGAGGGCGCGAUGGUCCACUUAGCUAACUACCAGCAGAAGCUCAAGCAAGGUUACGACGCCAAAGUGAAGUCCAGACCAUUAGCGCAUGGGGAUCUAGUACUGAGGAAGGUCUUAGGCAUUGCGAGGAACCCCGCGUGGGGAAAGCUCGGACCAAAUUGGGAGGGACCGUACCGCAUCACUUCUGUGGUCGGCAUAGGAGCCUACUUUUUGGAAGACUUGGAAAAACAUUUACUUAUGUAA